CAGUGACCACAGCCCCCCACUGCGGGCAGGCGGGACGAGGUUGAUUCAAAAGGCAGAUGGGCCUCUGGCCGAAGCAUUCAGCUCUGCACCCAGCUACUGCCCCCCGCGGGCUGUAAGAGCGCCCAGACUUCCGGACUAGCUGGGGCGGGUGCCAUGUGAGCCCAGCUAGUCUCCCCCCACCCCCGCCCGCCCUCCUUCCUCCCCUCCUUCUGUGCCCUGUGCCUGCCCAGCCUCUCAUAAGACGGACGCUUGGCACUAUGUCUCUGCUUAACCCUGUCCUGCAACCCCCCGGGGUGAAGGCCUAUCUGAGCCAAGGGGAGCGCUUCAUCAGAUGGGAUGAUGAAACAACAAUAGCCUCCCCGGUUAUCCUCCGUGUGGAUCCCAAGGGCUACUACUUGUACUGGACGUAUCAGAAUAAGGAGAUGGAGUUUCUGGAUAUCACCAGCAUCCGGGACACCCGCUUUGGGAAGUUUGCCAAGAUGCCCAAGAGCCAGAAGCUCCGGGAUGUCUUCAACAUGGACUUUCCUGACAACAACUUCCUGCUGAAGACGCUCACCGUGGUGUCUGGCCCCGACAUGGUGGACCUCACCUUCCAUAACUUCGUCUCCUACAAAGAGAACGUGGGCAAGGACUGGGCUGAAGAUGUCCUGGCUCUGGCCAAGCACCCGCUGAUGGCCAACGCCUCCCGCAGCACCUUCCUGGACAAGAGCCUGGUGAAACUCAAGAUGCAGCUCAACCCUGAAGGAAAGAUUCCUGUGAAGAAUUUUUUCCAGAUGUUUCCUGCUGACCGCAAGCGGGUGGAAGCUGCCCUUAGCGCCUGCCACCUCCCAAAAGGCAAGAAUGAUGCCAUCAAUCCCGAGGACUUCCCAGAAUCCGUCUACAAGAGUUUCCUCAUGAGCCUUUGUCCUCGGCCAGAAAUAGAUGAGAUCUUCACUUCCUACCACGCCAAGGCCAAACCCUACAUGACUAAGGAGCACCUGGCCAAAUUCAUCAACCAGAAACAGCGCGACUCCAGGCUCAACUCCCUGCUGUUCCCGCUUGCGCGGCCUGACCAGGUGCAGGGCCUCAUCGACAAGUACGAGCCCAGAGGCAUCAACGUGCAGAGGGGCCAGCUGUCCCCCGAGGGCAUGGUAUGGUUACUCUGUGGGCCAGAGAACAGCGUGCUGGCCCAGGACAAGCUGCUGCUGCACCACGACAUGACGCAGCCGCUCAACCAUUACUUCAUCAACUCCUCCCACAACACCUACCUGACAGCCGGCCAGUUCUCAGGCCUUUCCUCUGCCGAGAUGUACCGCCAGGUGCUGCUGGCGGGCUGCCGCUGCGUGGAGCUGGACUGCUGGAAGGGGAAGCCCCCUGACGAGGAGCCCAUUAUCACCCACGGCUUCACCAUGACCACAGACAUCUAUUUCAAGGAAGCAAUUGAAGCUAUUGCAGAAAGUGCCUUUAAGACCUCCCCUUAUCCGGUCAUCCUGUCGUUUGAAAACCAUGUGGACUCACCCCGCCAACAGGCUAAGAUGGCUGAGUACUGCCGAACGAUAUUUGGGGAUAUGCUGCUCACAGAGCCACUGGAAAAGUUCCCACUGAAACCAGGCAUCCCCCUGCCCAGCCCUGAGGAUCUCCGAGGCAAGAUCCUCAUCAAAAACAAGAAGAACCAGUUUUCUGGUCCCCCAGCCCCCAGCCAGGAGCCGGGUGGGGAGGCUGAGGGGAGCGGCCCACCCAAUGUCCCUGUGGGUGAGGACACAGUGCUGAUGGAGCUGUAUGUGGCAGUGUGGGCUGGUGAGGAAGGGGCUGAGCUGGAGGAGGAGGAGGUGGAAGAGGAAGAGGAGGAGUCGGGAAGCCUGGAUGAAGAAGGGAUGAAGAAGAUGCAGUCAGAUGAGGGCACAGCGGGCCUGGAGGUGACGGCUUACAAGGAGAUGUCCAGCCUAGUCAAUUAUGUCCAACCCACCAAGUUCAUCUCCUUCGAGUCCUCUGCCCGUGAGUUAGCAUGCGGUGGUGAGAAGAACCGAAGUUAUGUCAUUUCCUCCUUCACGGAGCUCAAGGCUUACGACCUGCUCUCCAAGUCCUCAGUGCAGUUUGUGGACUACAACAAGCGCCAGAUGAGCCGCAUCUACCCCAAGGGCACCCGCAUGGACUCCUCCAACUACAUGCCCCAGAUGUUCUGGAAUGCUGGUUGCCAGAUGGUUGCCCUCAACUUCCAGACGAUGGACCUGCCCAUGCAGCAGAACAUGGCGCUCUUUGAGUUCAACGGGCAGAGUGGCUACCUCCUCAAGCAUGAGUUCAUGCGCCGGUUGGACAAGCAGUUCAACCCCUUCUCGGUGGACCGCAUCGACGUGGUGGUAGCCACCACCCUUUCCAUUACGGUGAUCUCUGGGCAGUUCCUGUCAGAACGCAGUGUGCGCACCUAUGUGGAAGUGGAGCUGUUUGGCCUUCCUGGGGACCCCAAGAGGCGCUAUCGCACCAAGCUGUCACCCAGUACCAAUUCCAUCAAUCCUGUCUGGAAGGAGGAGCCCUUUGUCUUUGAAAAGAUCUUGAUGCCUGAGCUGGCCUCCCUCAGGGUGGCUGUGAUGGAGGACGGCAACAAGUUUCUUGGACACCGCAUCAUCCCCAUCAAUGCCCUGAAUUCUGGAUACCACCAUCUGUGCCUGCACAGCGAGAGCAACAUGCCGCUCACCAUGCCUGCACUCUUUGUCUUCCUGGAGAUGAAGGACUAUGUACCUGACACCUGGGCAGAUCUCACGGUGGCCCUCGCCAAUCCCAUCAAGUUCUUCAAUGCUCAUGAUAAGAAGUCUGUGAAGCUCAAGGAAGCCAUGGGAGGCCUGCCUGAGAAUCCCUUCCCUCUCGGGAGUCCAGUUGCCCGCCAGGUCAAUGGGGCAUCAGCUUUAACGAGCAACGGGUCAGCAGCAGCCGGGGCCAAGGCCAGGGAGGAGGCCACGAAAGAAGCUGCGGCAGAGCCGCGGACCGCUAGCCUGGAGGAGCUGCGGGAGCUGAAGAGCGUCGUGAAGCUGCAGCGGCGGCACGAGAAGGAGCUGCGGGAGCUGGAGCGGCGCGGCGCGCGACGCUGGGAGGAGCUGCUGCAGAGGCGCGCGGCGCAGCGGGCCGAGCUCCGGCCGCCGGGCGCUGGGGGCGGCGGCGAGGGCCGGGGCCGCAAGCUCGGCCCGGGGAAAGGCUCCAGCAUAAAGAGGACCCCGCCGGGCGAGGACCCCGCCGGGUCGGCGCCGGCCGAAGGCCCCGAGGGCGCGGGCGCGCGUCUGCGAGAGCUGAGGGACAGGCUGGAGCUGGAGCUGCUGCAGCAGGGCGAGGAGCAGUGCGAGUGUGUCCUGAGGUGCAGGGCACAGCAAGUGGCCGAGCAAAUGACCAAGAUGAUGGAGCUGGCCAGAGAGAAACAGGCUGCAGAGCUGAAGACCCUCAAGGAGACUUUGGAGACUGACACCAAAGAGGUGAAGAAAAAGCUGGAGGCCAAGAGGCUGGAUCGGAUCCAGGCCAUGAUGAAGGUCACCACAGACAAGAUGGCUCAGGAGAGGUUGAAGAGAGAGAUUAACAACUCCCACAUCCAGGAGGUGGUGCAGGUCCUCAAGCAGAUGACAGAGAACCUGGAGAGGCACCAGGAGAAGCUGGAAGAGAAGCAGGCAGCCUGCCUGGAACAGAUCCGGGAGAUGGAAAAGCAGUUCCAGCAGGAGGCGCUGGCACAGUACGAGGCCAAGAUGAAGGGCCUGGAGGUGGAAGUGAAGGAGUCGGUGAGGACCUACCUCAGGGCCUGCUUGCCCUCUGCGGAGGAGGACAAGCCUGAGAGGCCCUGCAGGGUCUCCAGGGAGCUGUGUGAGCAGGAUGCACUCACAGAGAAGACAGAUGCCCAGGAGACCCUCCUCUGAUGCCCCCAUGCCCUUGGGACGUUCUGCAAGGACAUUCACCCUUCUCUGGGACGUGAGUCCAUUCCCCCUGGAGGAAAGGGCCCCAGCACCGUGAAGCUGCGGGAAGCUGGAGCUCCCUUGGACACUGGAGCCCCUUUCUCAACAGCCAGGCUAAGUAGGAGGCAGGAAGCAGGCCAGCUGGGGCCCGUCUGGGGUCUGAGGUCCUCUCCGUCCAACAUCCUGCCCCUCCUGCCUCCGCUUCCCCUCUGAACAAGCGUCUGUCACAUUUUUGUUGAGGGCAAAAGAAUAUGAACUUGGAGGCAUGAAAUGGGGCCCUGGCCCCACUCUGCAUUUCCUAGUGUGCCGCUCUAGACUCAGUUUCCUCACCUGAAGGGUUAGGCCUGGCCACCUGGAACCUCUACUCCAUCACCUGUAGUUCAAGCAGGUCCAAACUCCAAACUCUCCUGCCAUAAGGCGGGCAGCUCACCCUGGCUUCUAGGCCCCAUCUUGGGCUUGCCCUGAGUUGGCCUCAUUGUCAGCUCCCUAAUACAGAGUCCAGCACUUCCUUCCAGCUCCCUGCGGACAGCUGCUCCCAGGAUCCCAGGCUAAGGUGCCUUCCCUGCUUCCUGCCUUUGGGGGAUGGGAGGCUGAUGUGGAAAAGCUGCCUCAGCUGUGUGGCCCUCAGGCCACUGAGACAACUGGGGCUGGGGGUGAGGGGAGAAGGACGGCCUUUUGUGCACUCUCCCACCCAGAGCCCAGCCACCCCUUUUCCUAGGCCUGGGGGGUACUUCCCAGCAUGUGCCCCAGCUCAGGCUGUCCUGACAAGGUCAGCACCAUUUUCUCUCCUGACUUUAUGAGGUUUAUUUAUUUUUCUCUUUCUUACUCCUGCUAAAGAACCCUGUCUCAAGA